AUGAUCGGACUGUUCAAUUCAACGUAUAUGAACGUCAAUCUGGCCAUCACAAUGACAUGCAUGGUCAACUCCACUGCCAUAGCAAUUGCUGAAGACAUAGACACAGGAGGUGAUUGGUCGAAGGAUCCGAACUUGACCUCCGCCUUUGGAACAAGCGACACCUGCUCAUCGGCCCCGGGAACUCGAACAGUGCUUGACUACGGGAUUACUGAAAUGGGGUGUCAAAUGGGCAAAACGAAACAUUUUCGACAUCUUCUACUCUCUGUAUAUAAUCCAUGUGAUAAGGCCUCUGAAGCUUCUCCGAAACUUCCAUUGCAUAUGGAGAGAACCGAUGGCCGUACCGAAUCCAUCACAUCCAUUGUAGGAAAUCAGGUGGCUUUAUUCUUUGGGAACCCGUUUGCAGCACGCUUGUGCGACUCACGUUUCGGAUGGCAAGCCGUGUACCACAGCUCCGCGGCGAUGGGCGUAGCAUGGUGUGUCGCAUGGAUGUUGCUGGCAUCUAAUACACCUGACGAAUGUCGUGUGAUGAAGAUGGAGGAACGACUGUACCUCAAGAGAAACGCUGUUCUAGCCAGAGAGGACAACAAAGCACGGGCGCCCCCAAUUCCAUGGUUUAAAAUUGUCACGAACAAAGCUUUCAUCGCACAUCUGGUUGCCACUUGGAUUCUCACGAAUGUGGUCACCAUAAUGAUGGUGUACUUGCCUACAUACUUCAAGGAUGUACUGCUGCUAGGGAUUGUUAUGAACGGGACUUUCACUUCUCUACCAAUGAUGUUCAAUUUUAUAUUCAAACUCUCUUGGGGCGUCCUAAUGGACAAGUUGAAAAAAAGGAAGAUUCUCACUCGAACACUUGGAGUCAAGAUAUCACAGUGCUUCCCAACGUUUGGGGUGGCGCUAGGUCUCAUCCCUGUGGUCCUGUUCGUCACAUGCCAAGAACCGGCUCUCGCGCUCUUCCUAUUCUGUCUCAGCAACAUGUGUCUAGGAGCUCACACAAGUGGAGCCUAUACCUCAUUAUUGUCGCUUGCUCCACAGUUCACUCCCACACUGUCUUCAAUUAGUGUUAGCACUUCUAUGCUAGCUCAGCUUACUACGCCGUUUAUGGUUUCCUUCAUCAACUCCACCGGAAGCAUUGAGGAAUGGAACAAUCUAUUCCUGCUCACAGCAUUGAUGUGUAUUUUCUCUGGAGUUAUUUUCGCUAUAUUCGGAUCAGGUGAUUUACAAGAAUUCGCUAAAUCACGGAAAGAAAAUAUGGCUGAAGACGGAAAUCUCCUAUCCCCUUUACAAGCGGGGACCUUACGAGCAGACUCAGUGUCAAUGUUGUAA